AUGGGCAAAAGAAAGAUAAACAGAGGCUACAGACCAAGAAAACGUUCUUUUCACGGCAAUCAGUACUCUGAUAAACAUGAACAAGAAGCUGGAAGUGAUGAAAUUAGUGGUUUGGAUGAUAAAAACCGACCAUCUACGUCUGCUUCUAAAAUCAAACUAGGACCUCAAACCUCGCAGACUGAGUUUGAUACAGCGGAAGAGCUGACUGGUUUUCGAUUUGUUGACGUUCAGCUUCUUAUUAACUUUGUUAAAACUUUAUUGUGCAGUCAGUGUGGGCAACCUCUGGGAGAGAACAAGUCCUUUGUAACUGAAGAAAGAAGCUCGCUUGCCUCGACGUUCACUUUCCACUGUCAGUGUCAACAAAAAGUUUCAUUUAUGUCGUCUGCAAAAUGUGGGAAGACCUAUGAAGUCAACAGAAGGUAUACACUUGCUCUUUUUGCUAUAGGAAGGAACUAUAUGCAUGGCAAGAAAUUUCUUGGCAAUAUGAACAUGCCAACAGGUAUGCAUAAGAGCAGUUGGUCUCUUCACAAGAAGAAAAUUCUUCAUGCCACAGAGACUGUUGCACGCACAAGUAUGCAGAGAGUUGCAGCUGAGAUCAAGCAAAAGAAAGGAGAAGCCAUAACAGUCUCCUGUGAUGGCACAUGGCAGAGAAGGGGGUUCCAGAGCAAAAACGGUGUGGUCACUCUUCUCACCGUGGAUGGGCCUAAUUCAAAAGUUCUUGACACUGCAGUUCUCAGUAAUUAUUGCAACCCUUGUGCAAAAAAUAAGAAGACUAAAACUGAGGCAGAGUUCCAGGCAUGGAAGCUUUCUCAUGCUCAGAAUUGUGAUAAGAAUCACAGUGGAUCUGCAGGUAGCAUGGAACCAACUGGAGCACUGGAAAUGUUCAGGCGAAGUGAGCAGUUGUAUGGUCUGCGCUAUGCUUCUUUUCUUGGAGAUGGAGACAGUAAAUCAUACACAUCAGUUGCAAAUGCAGAACCACCUGUGUAUACUGAUGUUGAUAUUGCAAAACUAGAAUGUUGUGGGCAUGUGCAGAAGAGAAUGGGGCGACACCUUACAAAUAAAGUCAAUGAACUAAAAAAGGAGACAUUUAUGCACAAUGGCAAGAGUGUUCGAGGAAUUGGUGGGAGGGGUUGUCUCACGAAAAAGUCAAUCCUAAAGAUUCAAGGACACUACGGUGCUGCUAUUCGAAGAAACACCAACAAUGUGCCUCAGAUGCGAAAAGAAAUCUGGGCCAUAUGGCAGCACAGAAACCGUGACCAUAUCAACUGUGGAGAUUGGUGCCCUUCCAAGAAUCAGCCUGCAGCAGAUCCUGACAGAAAUGCUUUCCCUCCCUAUGUGUGUGAGGCCAUCAGACCUGUCUUUGAAACACUCACCAGUGAGACCUUACUGUCAAAGUGUGCACAUGGAGGGACACAAAAUACAAAUGAGAGUUUUCAUAAUUCCAUUUGGCAGAGAUGCCCAAAGACUGGAUUUGUUGGAAGGCCAAGACUAACUCUUGCAGUUUAUGAUGCCACUGUGGUUUUUAAUGAUGGUGAGAGGGGUAGGAUACCUAUAUUUGAGAAUCUAGGGAUGCCUAGUGGACUCUAUACCAGACUUUGUUUCAGUGAGCUGGAUCGAACAAGAAUAAACUCAGCAGCUACAAAAUUAUCACCGAGUGUACGGCAAGCGAGGAGAAUAGUGGCUGUCAUGCAUGAAAAAGACAAAGAGGAUUUUUACCUUGCUGGUGCCCAUGAGUAG